GCGUUCCAAGAUGGCAUCUUCCAUGGAAUCCGCACGCCGUCGUCCUCGUGCACCGUACCUGACUGACGAAGAAAUUCAGGCCCUACUGCAAGAAAGUGACGCUGAUCUUACAGACUCAGAGGGCACCGAUGCUCUUGCCAAUGGUGUGGACGGCCGUGGUGAUACAGAACCUGAGAAUGAUGAUAGUGACGACAGCCAGGACGAUCAAAGUGACCAAAGGCCACCAGCAAUGACUCCGCCAAGGUGGAGGAGCAAAGCAUUUAGGUCCAGACGCAUCCGACGCCUCGAAAUGAUUGUAUUAAUCCGACAACUUUAAAAGGCACCGUCACAGCGUUCGUCAUGUUUUAUCAUCACUGAAAAAAUUUAAAAAAGGCCCAGUGACUUGCACUUUUUACACUGCUUGAUUGGUCACAUUAGCGCUUAGCGUCGGCUGCCUUUCGAGUUAAGCUGAAAGGACAUAAAUAAACUAUCGCUCAUGCAGCAUUUA